GGCACUGACAAUAACAGACCCAAGAAGAGGGAUUCCCCACAGCAUCUUCUUCCCCACAAGAGAAAUUGAGGCGAAGACCUUCUGUGUUCCUCUACUACCGAACACAAAUCUUCAUCUCCUCCUCCUCUUCUUCUUCUUCUUCUUCUUCUUCUUCUUCUUCUUCUUCUUAGGGUUUCACUUCUUCUUCCCUUCAUUUAUUCCUUCCUAGGGUUCUUACUUGGGGGGUUUUCAUCUCUGAGAGAUGUGGGAUGCUCCGGGGAUUCAUGAAUCUGCUCUCUCUUUGCUGGAAGCCUUUUGGGCAUCCUACUGAUAAUUUCGCCUCUGUUGGUGUUAUUGGGACCAAUUGCGGUGCCAAAGACACCAAAGAUACUUUACUCUGGUUCUAUGAUUAUGGUAAGUAUGCUUCCGGUGAAUUCUCCAUGGCUGUUGUUCAAGCCAACCAAGUUCUCGAGGACCAGAGCCAAAUUGAAUCUGGCCCUUUUGGUACUUUCGUCGGAAUCUAUGAUGGUCAUGGCGGCCCUGACGCCUCUCGAUACGUCUGUGAUAAUUUGUUUAGACGUUUCCAAGAUGAACAACAUGGAGUUGUGACUCGUGAAACCAUUCUGAAUGCUUUUCGUCAAACAGAGGAAGGGUUCACGGCUGUUGUAUCAGAGUUAUGGAGUACUCGACCGCAGAUAGCAACAGUUGGGACGUGCUGUCUAGUAGGGGUGAUACACGAGCAGACACUCUACAUUGCAAGUCUAGGAGAUUCUCGUGCCGUGUUAGGGAAGAAAGUUGGAAACACUGGGGAGAUUGCUGCCAUUCAAUUAUCAACCGAGCAUAAUGCAAAUCUCGAGGAAAUCAGGCAAGAGUUAAGAGAGAUGCAUCCAAAUGAUCCUCAAAUUGUGGUUCAAAGGCAUGGAGUUUGGAGAGUGAAAGGAAUUAUACAGGUUUCUAGAUCCAUUGGGGAUGUCUAUUUGAAACAUGCUCAGUAUAAUAAUGAAAGAAUCAAUGCUAAAUUUAGGCUUCCUGAACCAAUUGAUAGGCCUAUAUUGACUGCUGUACCUACGAUUAUUGCUCACCCUCUUCAUCAAAACGAUUCUUUUCUCAUAUUUGCAUCCGAUGGACUUUGGGAACACCUAACCAAUGAAAAAGCAGUGGAUAUUGUCCAUAAUCAUCCACGUGCGGGAAGUGCAAAAAGGCUUGUGAAGGCAGCCCUUCAAGAAGCAGCUCGAAAACGAGAGAUGCGGUAUUCAGAUCUCCGAAAGAUCGACAAGAAGGUUCGGCGUCAUUUUCAUGAUGACAUUAGUGUUAUUGUUUUAUUUUUCAACCACGAUCUUAUAUCCAGAAGCAAUGUCCUCCUAGAUCAACCAUUAUCAGUAAGAAGUGCUUUUGAUCAUUGAUUAACAUUUUUGUUCCUAAAUAUAAAAUAAUAAAAAAAAAAGGAAAGAAAGAAAACAGAGAAAAAAAUGGCUAAAUUAAAAAAAUUACCCUUAUUACUUUGCUCUUUAUUUCAAAAAUAUCCCUAUUCUUUUGAAAGUUGUAAUAUUGCCUUGAUCAUUUGUAAAUGUUUUGAAACUAUCAUUGGAGUGUAUAUCAUUUAGAAUUGUGGAUGAAAAUUAGGAUUUGAAGUAUGAGUGUUGGUGUACAGGUCUUUGAUUUCAUUUUAGGUCACCACUACACCGUUUCAGAUCCAAAUUUCGUUCAACAUUCUAAUAAUUUUUCUUCGUGCUCAAAUGGUAGUUUUGAAACAUUUAUAAAAGAUUUGCAUAAUAUUGCAACUUUUGAAAUAAUAGGGACAUUUUUUAGACGAAGGAACGAAGUUGCAGAGUACUUUUUAUAAUUUAGUCGAAAAAGAACAAGGAAAAUGAAUCCGUGUAAUUUGAUCGUUAGAUACGUCUCAGUUCCAUGAUAGAGAGGUUCACUGACACGAAGAAAUAUAUUGAAGACUCUUCAAAAAGUUUUUUUUUUUUUUUUUUUUGAAAUAUUUGUAUAACUUGUUGCCAAAUAUUACACUGCAGCCCCAUGUAGAACCCAGAUUAGAUAUUUAAACUCAUCUGGGCUGUUCUUUGCAUUCAAGUAAAAAUUUCAGUAACCCAAUUUUUCUGAGAUUCGCUUGUGAUUCUGGCUGUUGUGUUAAAGUUUAUUUGUUAAUUUAAUUUAAGACAUGGCAAAAAUGUCUUUUUUUGUUAA